CAGUGUUGCUGCUGCCUCACUGGGACAAGAUCCAGCGUGCAGCAGCGGCAGCUCUCCAACCAGCUCUGAGCCCCGAAAAACAAAGCAGGAGGGAGCACAGGGUGUGGGCCAGCAACCUCUGUGUCCUGGACUGGUCAUCGUGACUGGUCAGGCCAGUCUGCCCUGCUGGGCCUGAGGCACAGCCGUGCCUGUGAGCUGCCUCCUGAAGCUGCCCCUUCGCCCCUCUCAGGCAGGUGCACCUGCAGUUGGUUUCUCCUCUGGUGCACAUCCUAAUUUGCUGUUCCGCUUUCUCUUGCGUGUGAAAGUGACCACCAGACUCAACCUUAAAGAAGGAACUGCCACGAAAGGUCUUGCAUAUGCGACCUCGGGAUGAUUCAGAGUAGCUGAAUCAGUCGCUGAAGAAGCCUUCAUGCUAGACAAGCUGGCUUCCUCAGGCCACACUAGAGUGAGAAGAUGUUGCUGAGCCUGACCCUGCUGCUGACAUGGCUGGAGCGAUGCAGCGGGGCUGCUGGGGUGUUCAUGGAGCCUCAGCUCCAAGCUAGGGCUGGGGACUCUGUGCUGCUGCGGUGCCUCUUCCUAGACCCCGACAGCAAGGGAUGGACCCUGCACAAAGUGGACUGGCUGCACAAGGCAGGAGCUGGCACUCAGGAGGAGAUGGUGUUUUAUUACUACAGCAACUACGGCGUCCCCGUGGGCCGCUUCAAGAACCGGGUGCAGUGGCAGGGGAACAUGUCCCGCUGGGACGGCUCCAUCCGGCUGCAGGACGCGCGUGUCAACGACAGCGGCAUCUACGAGUGCGAGCUCCGGCUGCUCCAGAACAGCAGCGUCUUCCGCAGCCGGACGGUGCUGCACGUCAGCCCCGCGGUACUCAGAGGAGGAGGAGCAGCAGACGCCGAGGAUGCGGCGCCCCCGAGAGACUCUGGGUUCUGGCCGGCCGUGGUGGGCUGUGGCUGCGUGGCCGUGGUGGUGGCGUUCCUGGCCGGGCUCUGCGUGAGGAAGAGGUUUGCAACCAACACGGCCCUGGAGAGGAUGGGGAAGAGCAGCAGCAACAACAAAGCAGAGGAAGCAAUUUACUCCUCAAUCCCUGGAGCUGAGGUACCCAAGGCUGAGCAGGAAGCAAAGAAGAAAAGGAGAGCUGAGGACACGUACAUAACCAUGCACCCCUCUCACUGCCGGGACAACGGCGUCUACGUGCAGCUGGCCAAGAGGGCGAUCCCGUCGGAAUGGAUGGCAGAGGGGACACAGGGGGAUGGGCAGAGCAAGGAACCCCACAGCAGGCCACAGGAGGCACUUCCCUGGGCUCCAGAGCGGGAGAAAUAGCUGUGCUGUGGGAUGGCAGCCCCUUGUCCAGGAGUGUCCAAGACAGCUUCGUCCGUCUGAGGACUGAGAACUGGUGACACGUCACUGUGUGCUCCGUGCCAGGGCACUGCUGCGGCACAGCCCAGCCCAGCUGUCUGCAGGGAACCAGGGGACACCUGGGCCUUGCCCCCUGGUCUCUGGAGAGGGGCACAGUGGGCACAGCCUCACGCUCCAGCUUUGAUCCUGGCACAGGAUAAGGAUCUCCAGGGGGGAGAUGCAGCAGGAGCCGUCACGUUAUUUUUCUGUAGAUAAUAAAACUCAGGGAGUCUUCCCUGACCCUAUCUUCGUUUUA